CCCCGAGACUGCGGCCGAUGGGCACCAACCGGCGGUGCCAAGCGACUGCGCCAGGAGAAGAAAGAGAAGGCCUCUUUCUACGGCCCCCCCACCCCCUUCACCUCACCCAAACCCCACACGCGGAUCCGCGCUGCCUGGAGGAUUUGGUUACUGGAGGAAGAGAUCCAUGCUCAACGGCGUUGCUCCCUGCUGCUGUGCCACGCCCUGCCUCGCAGAGGGGAGCGGUCUCCAUUCCAGAGAGAUAUUGCUACCUCCAGUGUCCUGCAGAACGUGAACUGAAGUGUCUCAUCCCUGCCCACCAGGACCAGAAUGAAGGGGCUAUUUCUAGCAGUUUGGCUCUUCAUUGUGCCGGCCAGAUGGGCAGCACCAAAGAACAGCAGUGGCAGGCCUGAGAUCCUCCACGAUUCCAUGGAUCAACCUAUCCUGAAUCCUCUGCACCCAAGCCAAGUUUCUCUAAAGGUGCUCCAAGACUAUCUGGAGAACAUUGGGCAGUUGAAUGGGGAUGCUGCUACCAUGACAAGGGAACAGGCACUCUUACUUCUCUUUGCUCUUCAUGACUAUGACAAAAGUGGGCACUUGGAUGGUCUGGAAUUCAUGAGACUGUUGAGUGAAUUGGUGUCCCAACAGGCAAAAGGACAGCCUGCACCAGACAUGGUAGUGCCAAUGGUGGACAGUAUCUUGGAGACUCAGGACUUCAACUGGGAUGGUCUAUUGGAGCCUUCAGAGUUGUUUCUUCCUCCCCGGCAGGGAGAGAAACCAAACUUCCUUACUGCUGUCAGUGAAGAAGAUGGUCCAAUCCUGUGGGCACUUCCUAAGCCAAAUGAACCAGCCAUUGGCUUCCCAACUCCCUCCGACCAACAAAGCAAUGGGGACUCCCCACCUGCACCAGAAGUUCAGGAACAAGACAUGAUGGGUGACCAGUUGUGGAGUCUGGAGAAGCAUGGGGGAGAGCUCGGCCAGGAAACCGCAGGAGACCCAGAUCAACAAGGGAAAGAGAUGCCUUCUGCUCCAGGAGAUUGAAAUACACCCUGUACAGGCUUUAGGUGAUUAGCCAAGAAAUGAGAACUGGAAGCCUUCAGGUCAAUUUCAGAAAUGGAAUGCAGAUAAUCACCGCUUUCCAAACAUUUUCUUCUGUGCAAUCUGUUCUGGGUUUCCAAGUCUUCUCUUUACCAAAGCAAAACAGAAUAGGACUCCCUGUUCAAUCAGCUCUGCACUCUGUUAUCUAAAGAGAUCCCUUUUCCAGCUUUCAAGGGAUACCUACUCCAAAUCUAAAACUUGAGAAACAGAAGUCACUAAAAACUUCUCCUAACACAAUGGCUCCACUUUCUCCUCAGUGCACCUGAGUACACCAUUCAGAGUGACAUGGAAGCCUCUUCCCUCCCUCCCUCCCCCAGUACCCAGGACCACGCAGCCUUUCCAGGAGGUGAGGCUACAUAGGUAGGAAAGAUUUCUCUAUAAACUGAAAAGCCUGCCUCAGCAGGUUGUCUUCCUGAACAGUUUCUCUCUUCAGAGAGCAGGUUUCCGAUUCUAGAGGGUCUAUUUAGGGUCUCUUGCUCUGCCUUCCUCAGAAACUGCUGCAGAAACUGCUGCACAGAGACAGGAGAGAACUUACAACUAUAAUUUCCCAGUCUGGCCAAGGAUUUAUCUGUGCAUUUCAGAUUCUGAAUGAAAUUCUGAUCACUCUCUCAGCAGAGAAAAGCCUACCCAACACUGCAGAAGGCAUCACGUAUGUCUUUUGCCAUGGCAUUUAAAUUAAACUCCCCAUCUCAUAACAGUGACUUUGAAAUUAAAACGAAAACCACAACCCAUGAUUUCCAAGUUUAAACUGGUAAAUUGCAAUCAUGAAAGAGAACACAUCAACAACAGCACAACUCACCCAGCCUCCUGGUCCAAAUCCUAAGGAAACAGCCAGAGAUGCGUAUGCUUCUACUACACUUCUGCUUUUUCAAAUCUGCCAAUAAAUCAUCUUCAAAUUGAA